AUGGAGCCUCCCGCCGAAUAUGCUCGUCUGCGGGCCACUGAUCCGGUGUCGAGGGUUGAGCUCUUUGACGGGAGCCUUGCUUGGUUAGUAACCAAGUACAAGGAUGUGACCUUUGUGGCAACGGAUAACAGGCUGUCCAAGAUUAGGACGCGUCCGGGUUUCCCAGAGCUAAGUGCCGGUGGCAAAGAGGCGGCAAAGGCCAAACCGACGUUUGUCGACAUGGACCCCCCAGAGCACACGAAACACAGGCAGGUAACUCGUCCAGUGCACAGGUUCCAUUGUCUAACAAGCCCCUAUAGGAGCAUGGUGAACCAUUUCUUCACCCCCGAGUAUAUCAAGUCGUUGCAGCCAUAUAUCCAGAAGACAGUGGAUGAUCUCCUCGAUGCGUUGAAAACCAAAGGGUGUGCCUCUGGGCCCGUUGACUUGGUCAAGGAAUUCGCACUUCCAGUGCCCUCAUUUAUCAUCUACAGCAUUCUCGGAGUCCCGUUCGAAGACCUUCAGUUUCUCACAGAGCAAAAUGCUAUCCGCACCAAUGGCAGUGCAUCCGCGAGAGAGGCAUCAGCCGCUAGCAAGGGACUUCUCGAGUAUCUCGAAAAGCUGGUCGAUCUGCGGGCUGCGGCCCCAAAGGACGACCUCAUCAGCAAGCUGGUAGUGGAGCAAAUGAUUCCUGGAAACAUCUCCAAGGCCGAUGUUGUUCAGAAUGCGUUCCUGCUUCUCGUUGCAGGGAAUGCGACCAUGGUGAAUAUGAUAGCGCUCGGUGUCGUGACGCUUUUCCAGCACCCUACUCAACUUGCUGAGCUGACGGCUGAUCCAUCACUUGCACCUGCAUUUGUGGAAGAGCUGUGUCGCUACCACACUGCCUCUGCCAUGGCCAUUAAGCGGACAGCCAUGACGGACAUUGAAAUCGGGGGAAAGGUACUUGUCAAGGCGGGCGAGGGCGUUAUCGCGUCGAACCAGUCGGCUAAUCGAGAUGAAGAGAUAUUUACACGACCAGACGAGUUCGACAUGCACCGCAAGUGGCCGAGCCAAGAUGCGCUCGGCUUCGGCUUCGGCGAGCAUCGAUGCAUUGCAGAGGGUCUGGCCAAGGCGGAGCUGACGACUGUCUUUUGUAAGAUUUCUCCUCCAACAAUUAAUCAUGAAGAGUCUACAGCGUGGAGAGGUGCUGACCAUGUUAUUACCAUUAGCGACUCUGUUCCAGCAGCUUCCCAAGCUCAAGAUUUCUGUGCCAAUCCCUGA